GCUGUAGCUCUGUGGGCCGCGCGGUGCCUCCCGGCAGGUUACUGGGCUGGCCGGUUCUGGCAACAACGAACCGUACAGGCGCCCCCCCGCGUCGACUCCUCUGCUGCUGCUGCCGGGCGCAUCCCCCCGCCGCCGCUGGCCUCCUCGACGGUCAAGCAGGCUAAUGCUUCAAGAUGGCUCAACCUUCUGUCAUUCUAGCAACUGCAAGUUAUGAUCACACAAUCAGAUUUUGGGAAGCCAAGAGCGGUCGCUGCUAUCGCACUAUUCAAUAUCCAGACUCUCAAGUUAAUCGCCUUGAGAUAACCCCGGACAAGCGAUUCUUAGCUGCUGCUGGCAAUCCUCAUAUCCGCCUUUUUGAUGUUAACUCAAAUAGCCCGCAACCGGUAAUUAGCUAUGAUUCACAUACUAGUAAUGUGAUGGCUGUGGGGUUCCAUUGUGAUGGUAACUGGAUGUACUCAGGUUCUGAGGAUGGUACUGUUAGAAUCUGGGAUUUACGGACUGCCACUUGUCAGAGAGAAUAUGAAAGUCGUGCAGCUGUCAACACAGUAGUCCUACACCCAAAUCAGAAAGAGCUAAUAUCUGGUGAUCAGAAUGGGAACAUACGCGUGUGGGAUUUGGCUGCUAACUCAUGCAGUUGUGAAUUGGUACCAGAGGUUGAUACUGCUGUAAGAUCUCUAACAGUCAUGUGGGACGGGAGUAUGGUGGUUGCUGCGAAUAACCGUGGGACAUGCUAUGUUUGGCGCCUGCUUAAGGGUACCCAGACAAUUACCUGCUUUGAACCUCUCCACAAAUUGCAAGCUCAUGAUGAGUACAUUCUGAAAUGCUUGCUUUCACCAGAAUUUUGCGACCCUAACAGGUAUCUUGCCACAGCAUCAUCUGACCACACUGUAAAGAUUUGGAAUGUUGAUGGCUUCAAGUUGGAAAGAACUUUAGUGGGCCAUCAACGCUGGGUUUGGGACUGUGUGUUCUCAGUAGAUGGCGCUUACCUGAUAACCGCUUCUUCUGAUACCACCGCGAGAUUAUGGACAAUGUCGACGGACAUCAGGGUGUACCAGGGACACCACAAGGCAACCGUAUGCUGUGCUCUCCAUGAUGGAGCCGAGUCAGCGCCCUCAUAAGUCAUAAGCAUGUAGUGACUCUGCGUUCUGUACAAAUGAUUUGCUCUCGAUGAUGCUGUGCUUUCGACGGCAUAAUUUUCCAGCACUCCGUUGGGGUUCUGUACAAAUGAUUUGCAUGCUAUUGUAGCUGGAUUGUUGAGAACAAGUGGUUAACGUUCAAUUGUUGAAAUGCUGAA